AUGAAGACUACUAGUUUUGAUCAGAGUAGUGGACCUGAAUCUCCUAGGACAAAAUCAGGCCCUGGAAUUGAAAGGAAAUCGAUUGUAUCGAAAACCGGAAAGAUGGGUCCUAUCUGUAAGGCAAGAAAGAAGACUGCAGAAGUUAUAGAGUUAGUGGAAGAGGAGGAGAUUGAUCUUGAUGAGCAGUUUGGUAAGGAAAGAUGCUCUGAUGAUCAGUGUAUGUGGUUGACUUCAGAUAGUUCAUCUCCUGAAUAUUUUUUUAAAGAGUAUAGAUUGUCUUCUUCGUUACAUGUUUCUGUUGAUGAAUGGAUGAUCUCAUGGUUAUCAACACUGGCAAACUCUUAUGUCCAUUUAGAUAAAGCAAGUUCUAUCUCUGACAAGUCUAGAGUACUGAAUCCUGAGGAGGAUGCAUCUUUGGAGAGAACCGAGCAGGACUUUGAAAUGAAUUUGCAGGAGGAUUUGAAGGAAGAAAAGCGACCUAGUUUGGUAUCGAAAUCAUGUAGGAGGAAAAUAGAUUUCUCCGCUAGUAGUUCUGAGAGUUCCAGCUCAAAUUUUGAGCACUGCUGUGGGAACUUAACAAGCUCUUACGACUCAGCUGCGCCUCGUAGCAGUACCACCUUUGAUUCUCCUUCUUGUUCUUCUCGCACGUCGGAUUUGGACGGGAUGAAUUUUUCAGUCUCUUUACUAAGUCUUGAUGGUGAUGAUUCCAAGUGGACUUCGGAUACGGAGUUGGAGUCGGAUAUUUUAAGGUCUAGUUUUCCUAGUCCAUCCUGCUGGAGAAGUCGGAGUUCUGAGGCUUUCUCAUCUAGUUCUAACGUUUCUACUCCUGGCAAAUUCAAGGACGGACAUUUGCACGGUGAUUUAUCCCUGGAGAAUAGUUCUUCAGAAGCUGAAGUUUUGAAAGAUUUCAAUACAGACGGUCCUCUUUUCUGGCCAUUUGAUAAGAAACUGGAUUGGAAUGCUGAGGAAAAUUGGAAAUGUUUUGCGAUGUCCCCUCGUAAGGACAAGCUAUCAAUUUCUCCUCAGAGGAUCUCUUCCAAAUCUGUUGAAAUGAAAUUCCAUGGCAGUAGAGUGGACUCAAAAUUGGUGAGUAGGAGAAGACUUGUCUUCAGCUCAGGUUCGGCAGCAUCAAAUAUUCUGGAGAAGAAACAAAGAAGGGACAAUAAUAGCAGUACCAAGAAGAUGAACUCCAUGCCAUCAAGGCUGAAGAAAUCUGUCAAAGAUGGAAGAAUUCCUACCCCAAAAGUGGAUUCUGGGAAUGCAAAUUUCUCGCAAGAUGAUUUUGCAUCAAAUAAGAAACUUCCAAUUGAGAUACUAUUGGGCCUCGAUGAGUUCGAUGGACAUGAGGGAGUUGAUUCAGAAUUCAAUGAAGAUGUUUUCUCACUAGAUGACUCUCUCUAG